AUGACCCCCGAUGAACUGGAAGCCCUGCGCGACCGUGGUCUGCCGGAACGCCAGCGUAUGACCAACUGCGUGAUAGCCGACCUGAACAUACCCUUUGGCUGGCAUAUUGCCGGAGAGUGGCAGAGCGAGUUUGGUGGUCUGUUUCCGGUGCAGUGCCGCCUGACUCCCGACCUCGAUAAACCGCUGACACUCAGUUUGUGCAGUCCGGGUGACGUCAGCCCGUUAUGGGUACUGGUGAUACAGGCGCAUCCGGCGCAGCGGGUGCGGGUGCUGCAUGCCGCCGCCGAAUUUUACCCUGACGCGCUCUCUGACCUGCUGGCGCAGGUGGAUGACUGUCUGCGUGGCGGAUACGGUGCGCUGGCAAUAGCGGACGAAUUAGGAGAAGCGCUCACAUGGUGA